GACAUCUGAUCACCUGACAAAAAGUCCGCCAAAUGUAGAAGCCAAAAUUUAGACGCUUUGGAUAAAAGUUGUUUAAAAACGAAGGAAACACCAGAAAUCAUGGACGUUGAUGCCUUACGAAGCGCUCAACACCAUUGUGAGACGUUAUUCCAAUGCCCAGUAUGUUGGCUACCCAAGUUAGAGAUGGUAUAUGGUACAUGCCAACACAGAGUAUGUGUGGAUUGUGUCUACCGUGCUGGCGUGCUGAGAUCUGAAUUCAGUAAAUGCCCAACCUGUAAUCAGAAAUUUCCAUUUCCCCUCUACAGGCCAAUCAUACCAGAUGAUAACAUAGAAGUACAGAAGAAACUUGGGAUUACACGGUGCCAAAACUCAACGAGUUGCAAGACUGAGAUGUGGCUUUGGGAAAUAGAAGAACACAAUAAAGUUUGCAAAUUCAAGAAGCCGAAAAAAAGCCGCUCCGAGAGCCAAACCCAAAGUCCAGAACUCUAAACCUGAAAACAACAUGCUAAAAACCCCCACAAAGGCUAAACCCAAACCUCCCGCAAGAGACUCGUAUCCCUUACGUCAUAAUUCAAACAUUUACGAUCUCAGCAAUGCCACAUCUGAAAGCGCACAGGUUGAAUUGUCUGUAACAAGUACGGUAACUACUCGAAGGAGGCGGUCUGCUAGGAUUGCAAUAACUCAUGGACCAAAUAUUGUUCCAAAUAGGCUACGUCAAAGAUAGGCAGAUGGCUAUG